AUGAAAAAAUUGAAAGUAGAAUUAAAUGUGGCUAAGGAAAAAAUAAGCAAAGGGGAAAAAAGUUUAAAGUAAAAAGCAAUGAAAGGAGGUUUAGCAAACUUUUACUAACGCGAAAUCAAGAAAUUAAGUUCAUAAGCAUAGGAAAAACACUUAGAUUUAAAAAUUACUAACUGCUAUAUCCAGCAAUAUCAAAUAGAAAAAUAAGCUGAAGAAAUAGUAUCAAAAAUAAAGCAAGAGAAAAAACAGAACUUUAUUUUGAUGAAGUAUAGAGAAUAGCUGAGAAAUGGAAGUACUAAAAUUGCAAAAAUGAAUUCAUAAGGGAGUAGGAUGGAUAUCGAUAUAUUUUGA